AGGAAAAUGGAGAAAAACACUGAGGAGAAAAUUAGAAGCUUGCAGUGGGCUGUGCUCGCAUCUUGGCUUUGCUAAGAAAAACGCUUUUUCUUUCUGUGCCAGUCUUAAGAAACACAAAUGGGCAGAGACUUUAGUGCUUGUGGUUUAUUCUCCCUGUCUCAGUGCAGUGAAUAUGAAUAGACUCACAAGUAAACAUUGGGUAUUUUUAAGCUACUUAACUGUGGAAGUUGCUUUUAAAAAAUUUUUUUUAUAAGCUUCUAGCUAAUCAGAUUAGUUGUAAGUGUUUGUCACUGGAAACAUCAAGCCAUUUUUUUAUGUGUCAGUUUAAUAUGCAGAUUCUUACUAGUGUCUGAGGGAAAGUUUCAUAUAAAUGUAGUAUGUCUGUGCUUCGUGACUGAGGAGUGUAUCUGGGUGUUUAGGUGUGUGUGUGUUGUUUCUAUCAUAUUGUAUUUGUACUGUGGCUUUAACUCUCGCCUUCUUGUUGCGGCGUCUCUUUGAAGGUUUUAUCACCACAGUGCAUGCGUGGUUAAGAUUGUGAAGUAGUCUGCGCUCCAGAUAAUUAUCACUAAUGGGGGACAUCAUUGUGUGUGAAGAGAAUAGCAACUGUCCCAGGAUUAAUAAUGUGAAUUCUUCCUCCUCCUCCUAGAAUCUCUUCAGUUUGCUCUGAUUUAAAUUUAGAUCAAGGGUUCUUCUACCUUUUGCAGCGUCUUUAAAAGUAGGGGGAAAAUAUCCACAUACAGCCUCAGGUUUAUUUUAUGAACCAUUCAGAUAUUUUUAGACGCAUUCGUCAAAUGUGUAAAGUGAUCCUAUGAAUGAUUUAUUGGAGUCAAACCGGUUAUGAACUCGUUAAUAAAUGCAGAAGCCACUGAUUUAGAUGACCGAAAGAGUGCUGAGGUUUUGUUUGGUCUAGAUUUUGAUCCAGUUCUUCUGUGGUGUUUUUCUCGGUAACAGUUUCAAUCACUCUGUGAUGUGAAACUGUUUUCUUCCAUGAAGAGUUGAAAAGUUCUCAUGCGCUCUUAAGGUUGGUGGUGGUGUGCUGUUAUAUCUAGGGAACUCGUGGGUAGAUAGAUUGCAGGCAACAUCUCUGUGUUUCAGACACAUGUGAUUUUCCCUCACGUAGGAUUGUAGUUCAGAAGUUCAGACUUGUUGCUCUUAACAGCUUUUUGUUGAUGUUUGUAAAUUGCAUGAUGUAUUAUUUUUUUUCCUAAGGGAAGUUCUCAAAUUUGCUGCCAGUUUUCUAGAAACAUCUGUCUGAAUUUGUUAGGCAAUUUUGUCUUGCCUGUUUACCUCGCCGAGGCUCUUUUCCGACCCCUCAAGCUUUCACCAGGACGAUUGUAGUGCUGGUUUGGGGGUGGGGGUAUUGGAAGCAAGCACAAGAAUCGGGUUACUGCCCCACUGUGCUAUGAGCUGAAGGACAGGAGAAAGCAAUAUGCUAGUUUCUCAGCCUCACUUUAAACAUAGCUGUAUAUAAUCUUCCAGUAGUCUGGUUAAGCUGUUUUACUUAUUCCAACUUACUUCAGUUAACCACUUGGUAAUAUAUUGUUGGUAGUAAGAUGUAGCCGUGUGUGUGUGUGUGUGUGUUCACCGUCCACUUUCAGAGCUUUUCCUUUGUAAUAUGCCCUUGGCUGACAUAAGACGUGGUUUUGAAAAGCCAAAGGAGGGCUUCAGUAACUGCAAUGAAUGUAGGCUGAAACAUUGUCUGGAGCGAUCUUAUCGCUCGUCGCAGCAAUAGCCUACCUGUUUACUUCCCUUUUUACUGCAGAGACAGGCAUGCACUUCCUGGCUCGGCCACUUUUUUUCUCGCUGAAUGUUAUCGACAGAUCUUAAUGAGCGCUCAGUCUACAAAUGACUUGUGUGGGUCUGGCAACCGAAGAACACCUCUUUUCAGGAGCUCUGAGGAUAGAAGAGAAGCUCCGUUGAGGGAUUGUGGGCACAUUGGUGCUGCUGCUCCUUGAAAGUAGUCUGGAAAUUCCCUCAAGGUGGGACGCCUUGUCCUUCAACACUCAUGAAUCUGGCCAGGCCGUGCUGUCUGAAACAUCAUGCCUUGCUGCACUGGCUCCCUGCUCAGGGUUUUAACCAGGAGGAAUCCAUGAUUAGGCUUUGAAGUCCUUACCACUCUGUCUUGCUGUCCUGCUGUCUGUAUCCUGAGACGUGUCCCUCCACACCAUCACUCUACAGCACCGAACCAUCUGCUGCCUCUCAUCCUUUAACUGGCACAAUGAAGACAAUCAGGGUCUUCUUUGCAGUGUUCGGAGUCUUCCUUCUCAUCAGUCAAUCAGAAGGUGGGCAGAAUCCAGACUACGUGCUCCACGGCACGGGAGUGAAACAUGGAGAGCCAAAAAAAUCUCAGGCAGAGGACGGCUCCACCGUGGCACCGGAAGAUGCUGCACGAUUCCUCAGCUGUUACUGCUCAGGCCACUGCCCAGAGGACGCCACCAACAGCACCUGCGAGACCAACGGGCAGUGCUUUGCCAUCAUCGAGGAAGACGAGCAUGGUGAAGCUGUUCUCACAUCUGGAUGUAUGAAAUAUGAAGGUUCCCACUUCCAGUGCAAGGAUUCUCCCAACGCUCAGACGAGGAGGACGAUAGAGUGCUGUUCCACAAACUUCUGUAACAGAGACUUGCAGCCUACUCUCCCACCUCCUGUUAUCCAAGACCCCUUAUUUGUGAAUGCCCACUGGCUGGCCUUCUUGAUCUCUGUGACCGUGUGCUGCUUCACACUCAUCGCAAUUACCAUUGUGUGCUACUACAGGUAUAAGCUACAGACAGAGAGGAGACGCUACCAAAGAGACCUGGAGCAGGACGAGGCCUUCAUUCCUGUUGGCGAGUCUCUGAAAGACCUGAUCAGCCAGUCGAGCACCGGCUCAGGCUCAGGCCUCCCCCUGCUGGUGCAGCGCACUAUUGCUAAACAGAUCCAGAUGGUGCGUCAGAUUGGGAAGGGGCGCUAUGGUGAGGUGUGGCUCGGCCGAUGGAGAGGAGAGAAAGUGGCAGUAAAAGUGUUUUUCACUCGUGAGGAGACCAGCUGGUUCAGGGAGACGGAAAUCUACCAGACUGUAUUGAUGAGACAUGAGAACAUUCUCGGUUUUAUUGCAGCUGACAUUAAGGGCACCGGAACCUUCACGCAGCUCUUCCUCAUCACCGACUACCAUGAGAACGGCUCUCUGUACGACUACCUGAAGUUCACCACCCUGGACACUCAGGCUCUGCUGAAGCUGGCCUACUCUGCAGCAUGUGGUCUGUGCCACCUCCAUACUGAGAUCUAUGGCACGCAAGGCAAACCAGCCAUCGCUCACCGAGACCUGAAGAGCAAGAACAUCCUCAUCAAGAAGAACGGCACUUGCUGCAUCGCUGAUCUGGGUCUGGCUGUUAAAUACAACAGUGACACUAAUGAGGUGGACGUCCCUCUGAGUACACGGAUGGGGACACGGAGGUAUAUGGCCCCUGAGGUUUUGGAUGAGACGAUGAAUAAGAAUCAGUUCCAGGCUUACAUCAUGGCAGACAUUUACAGUUAUGGCCUGGUGGUUUGGGAGAUGGCCCGCCGAUGUGUGACAGGAGGCAUUGUGGAAGAGUACCAGUUACCAUACUGGGACGCAGUUCCUUCAGAUCCAUCUUACGAGGACAUGAGGGAAGUCGUGUGUGUAAAGGGCAUGCGGCCUACGGUCUCCAAUCGCUGGAACAGCGACGAGUGUCUCAGAGCCAUGCUGAAGCUGAUGUCCGAGUGCUGGGCCCAUAACCCAGCCUCUCGCCUCACUGCUCUGAGAAUAAAGAAAACACUUGCCAAAAUGGUGGAAUCACAAGACAUCAAAAUAUGAAGUACAUCACUACACAUUACACUGUGUGCUUCUGUGGCAGAGUGGAAAUGUGAACUCCUUUGAACCAGGAAUUGUUCCCAAACAUAAAUGUGAAGCGGAGUGCUACAGAGCAGAGCACUUCUCUUUCACUGAAAUCCCUCAGUGUCCCUGUAGCACCCUCUGCUGGACUGGGAGUGCCAUGUCACCACUUCAAAGAAGUCGACAGACCUAGUGUGGGUCUAUUUGAUCUUAAACACUAACUAAGUAGAGUGAUCUAGCUGUUUCCCUACUUCAACCGUCCAUCCUCUUUUACUUUAGACAGUCUAUUAGCAGAGAUCUGCCAAAUAAAUUGCUUUCUGUGAAAGCUCUGUGUGUCAUGAUGCAAAUGGCAGCACGUACCAACGGAGUGGAAAUCCGGAAAUACGAGACCGUUUUGGAGAAGGCUGAUUCAUUCUCUAUAUAGUAUCAUUCUUCCAUCCCUCAGCAGCCAGAGAGAUGUAUGCAUCAAAGUGGAGGUAUUCUUCCAUGCGGACUCGAAAUGACUGCUCUGAAUACGGAUUAUGUGCAGCACACAAUAUUGGUACAAAGGAAAGCAAACUGUUAUUUUAAAUGAUAUUCUCUCAUAUUAUUAUCGAUUAGUAAAUAUUAUUCAUCAAUAAUGUUAUUGAUAUUUAAAAAAAAAUUCUCACAAAGAAUUUCUUACACAUUCUCUAUUUUAAAAAAUCUGUCCAAUUAAUAUUGAUGUGUUGUCCAAAAAUAUUUGGAUGAUGUAAUCGGUGCGGAUGGAAGUAUAGGGGCAGGGCCGUUUUGAGCUGUAACCAGUGUAAGCGGUCAUCUGGGGCUGCCAGUGUAAUCACAAAUUUUCCACACCAUGAUACGGAAAUCAUUCUACACUUUAUAAAUGGCUGUCAGUCAUCUACAGUGCCCUCCACUUAUAUUGGCAAAUAUGAGCAAAGAAGGCUGUGAAAAAUGUGUCUUUAUUGUUGAACCUUUUGCUGUUUUGUUAAAAGAAAUUCACAAAAAUACUCUGCUCUCAUAGAUAUCAAACAAUUGCAAACAAAACACAGGUUUAUAAAAAACAAAAUAUCUUUGUUAAAUAUAGGUGUGCAACAAUUAUUGGCACCCUUUUAGUCAAUACUCUGUGCUACCUCCCUUUGCCAAGAUAACAGCUCUGAGUCUUCUCCUAUAAUGCCUGAUGAGGUUGGAGAAUUCAUGGCAAGGGAUCUGAGACCAUUCCUUCAUACAGAAUCUCUCCAGAUCCUUCAAAUUUCGAGGUCCACGCUGGUGGAGACUCCGCUUCAGUUCACCCCACAGGUUUUCUAUGGGUUUCAAGUCUGGACUGGGAUGGCCAUGGCAGGACCUUGAUUUUGUGGUCAGUAAACCAUUUUACCAUGGCCUGUUUUAAGCUUGCGGGCAGAGGCAGUCAGGUUUUCAUUUAAUAUCUGGUGAUAUUUGAGAGUCCAUGAUGCCAUGUAUCCUAAUGAAAUGUCCAGGUCCUCUGGCAGAAAAACAGCCCCAAAACAUGAGAGCCACGAUCAUAUUUAACCGUGGACAUGAGGUACAUUUCCAUAUAGCUACCUCUCUGUGAGCGCCAAAACCACCUCUGGUGUUUAUUGCCAAAAAAGCUCUAUUUUGGUUUCAUCUGACCAUAGAACCCGAUCCCAUUUGAAGUUCCAGUAGUAUCUGGCAAACUGAAGACACUUGAAUUUGUUUUAGGAUGAGAGUAGAGGCUUUUUUUUUUUUUCUUUUUUUUUUAAAACCCUUCCAAACAACUUGUGGUGCUGUAGAUGACUUCAGAUUGUAGUUUUGGAGACUUUCUGACCCCAAGACACAACUUGUGCAAUUCUCCAGCUGUGAUCCUUGGAGAUUUUUUGGCCACUUGAAUCAUCCUCUUCACAGUGCUCGGAGACAAUAUAGAUACACGUCCAAUUCCAGGUUGAUUCAUACCAUUUCCAGUUGACUGGAACGUCUUAAUUAUUUCUCUGAUGGUGGAAAUGGGCAUUUUCAAUGCUUGUGCUAUUUUUCUUAUAGCCACUUCCCAUUUUGUGAAGUUCAACAAUCUUUUGCUGCACAUCACAGCUAUAUUCCUUCAUCUAACCCAUCUUUAUGAAUGACUAAGGGAAUUUAGCCUAUGUGUUGCCUCAUAUUUAUACCCCUGUGAAACAGGAAGUAAUGGUUGAACAAUUUCCUGUUCCUAGUCACCAGGUGUACUAAAAAAUUUAAAAUAUCACUGGGAAUAUACUUCAAAUAUAUUUUUAUCAUAUGAUUUCAUUGGCGUGCCAAUAAAUGUUGUACUAUAUUUAACAGAUAUUUUUUGAUAAAUAUGUUGUUUGCAAUUGUUUAUCCAUGAGAGCAGAGUAUUUUUUUGGAAUUUUUUUUAAACACAAGAUCAAAAGGUUAAACAAAAAAAGACAAUUUUUCACAGCAUUCUUUUGCUCAUAUCUAUCAAGGGUGCCAAUAUCAGUGGAGAGCACUGUACUCUGUCUAACAAGCAUGGUUUGGUUGACUAUGAUGCAGUGCCAUGUAGCCUCACAUCAUCCACAUUACAUUUUACAUUCUCAUUUCAUCAUUUGGCUGCCACUUUUAUCCACACUGACUUACAGGGUUAAGGGCCUUGCUCAUGGACCCAACAGUGGCAGUGUUCAUGAUCUGAACUAAAGCACUAAACCAUCACUGCUUUAAACAUGCCAAUAAAUCACAUUAACAUAUGCCAGAUAGGAUUCAUAUGAGUUUACUUUUAAGAGUUUUGGUUAAUGUGACUGAUUUACUUAUAGAAUCUCAUAAAUAUCAGAUGGGAUUGAAGAAUACAGCUGCAUGUGUUAUUUAUUCAAAUCAUGUCAUGUUGAAUGAACUAUUGUGGUAAAAAAAAAAAAAAAAAAAAAAACAGAAGAAAAUACUCAUUUUAAAAAUGGCAUACUCCAUAUUAUUACAGAACAGCUUGACAUUAAAUUAAUGUUCCGUUCUUACUGUACAGUUAAAACCAUCAAAAAAAUCCAUCUUAUUUACUUUUAAAAAUGAUUACCUUUAUGAAUGAAACCUGAGAAUUGUUCCAGAAAACAUAGAGUAUACUGAUUCCAGUAAUUACAUGAAUUCUGCACACAAAAUUAAAUUCAUUGUGCUAAUUAUCUGCAUACCUAUAUUUAGCCUGGAUAAUUGAAUUUAUGUAACUAUCGAUUUUAAAUGAGUUUAGUUAUUCCCACCAAAACCAUUUACUAUGUCCGUGCCAUCUGAGAUAGGAACACAGUUUCUGGCAAUUAAUUUGUAUUCCAUGCUCAGACCUUCAAAAUACACCACAGUGUCCAUGUGUUAAUAUGCAUCAGAGCUUGUUUUGUGUAAUUAGUAAAGCUCAACACCUAUGCACUCAAAAUCGGUUCAUCAGCACAUGCCCGUUACCUUGUUCUUGAUUAAUAAAUGUGUUGUAGCCAGUAGAAAUUAAUCUGUAUCAUUAUUUGACUACAGAAUUUUUAUCCUUGUUUUGUAUGUCCAAUGUGCAAAAGAAGAUUGUGUAUAAUUUUUUUUUUGUUAUUCGUUUAUUUGUUUUGUACAGCAUCUGGGUUAAAGAAAGGGUGCCUUAUGUUUACCAAGAAAAGCUGUUCUGUACAUAGAAUUUGUCCAAUGUAUCGAUUUUAAAGUAAAUAAUAUUUUAGUAUGCAA